AUGUCAACUCUUCCCGUUCUUGUUAGUACGUACGGGGCCCGAGUGGCCCUGGUUGUGGCUUUGGUGAUUGUCCUGCGAUUCUUUCACGAGAUGCUGAAAGUACGCCUACUUUUCUAUCGUCUGCGCAGACAGGGCCUACCGAUGCCGAAAUGGGAUUUUGUAGCAGGAAAUCUGCGGAUGAUCCCAGGCCUAAUGAAGCGGCAUCCGAAAGGAUCGCAACAGUCAGAGGCCUUUACACUACUAUCUUACGAAUUUUCUAAUUUCGACAAUUGUUUCUACAUUGAUGUUUGGCCCUUCACGAAGCCUUUGCUGGUGGUUAAUUCCCCGGAUCUGGCCGUCCAGGCCUGUCAGACAUAUGCACUACCUAAACCACCUAUACUCGCGAAGUUCUUCAACCCCUUCGCAGGGGGACCCAAUAUGUUCGUUACAAACGGACCCGAAUGGAAGCGUGCCCGGGGGUUCUUCAACCCUGCCUUCAGUGCUAGUAGUAUCCUCCAGCACACUCCAUAUAUUCUGGAGGAAGCCCAAGAGUAUGUGGAGGUUCUCCACGAGCAUGCGCGGAAAGGGGAUACCUUUUUAUUAGAUAGAGUAACCUGUGACUAUGUCCUGGAUAUUAUCGGGCAUGUGGCCAUGAAGGCACGCCUGCACUGUCAGCGCGGGUAUAAUCCGCUGGCUGCGGCAUUGAGAAGUCAGGUGGAGUGGCAUUGUCAGGAUGAACAGAUGAAUCCCUUCAUCCGAUGGAAUCCCAUGCGGCCGAUGAUGCAGUGGUUGAACGGACGCACGAUGAAUCACUAUAUUGGGAUCGAAUUGGAUAAACGUUAUGAAGCCUGGAGGCAACAAAAGCUACCAACCCGCGCAAACUCGAUUAUCGAUAUUGUGCUCGCGGAGUACAUGAGUACACGACAGGCAGGGGCAACACUGGACCCGGGGUUUAAAUCCUGGGCUACUAUCCAGCUCCGAACCUUUCUAUUCACUGGACACGACUCAACCGCAGCCACAAUUGCUUACAGUAUCUAUCUGUUAUCGAAGUAUCCUGACAUCCUUUCCAAGGUUCGCGCUGAGCAUGAUGCAGUGUUCGGGACAGAUAUUUCAGCUACAGCUGGCAUGGUGAAACAGUAUCCGGAGUUGAUCAAUCGACUCCCGUAUACUCUAGCGAUUAUAAAAGAGACCCUCCGUUUAUUUCCUGCUGCUUCCGCGUUGCGCGAGGGCCAGCCAGGUGUCUACCUGCAGGACAAGAACGGCACGAAGUAUCCAACAGAGGGAUUGUGUAUCUGGGUUAUCCACGGUGGCAUUCAACGCAACCCUAACUACUGGUCAGACCCACAUACAUUCAAGCCAGAGCGCUGGCUGGUUGGGCCAGACCAUCCGUUAUAUCCCCCCAAAGGUGCUUGGCGUCCAUUUGAACAGGGCCUCCGGGAUUGUAUAGGCCAAGCGUUGGCCCUAGUGAACAUCAAGAUCACGCUGGUGUUAAUUCUCCGAGAAUUUAACUUCCAGGACCAGUAUGCGGAAUGGGACCGCCAGCAUCCCCAGUCUGGACCCAGGACUGUCUUUGGCGAACGCGCCUACCAGAUUCCACAGGGUGGGUCGCAUCCUGUUGACGGACUUCCGUGUCGGGUCGGCUUGCGGAAUCAGAUAACAAAAUGA